AAGACUUGGGGCAUCUAUUCUCGAGUGCGUGGGACUCAUUCCCACCUUGCCACCUAAAAGUCUACCCAAUUUGACCAAUUGGAUCAAACCUGUGAAGCUCUUAAACAACCCAUUGAACGAAAAAAAGGAAAAAUAUUAAUGAAACAAAUGCAUUACUGGGUUCAGGCUUCUUCUUCUGAUUUCUCGGGAACUCUUCCCCAGCCUCGCAGCGGUCACACCGCUGUUCCUAUUGGAAAGUCCAAGGUUGUCGUGUUUGGUGGCCUUCUCGACAAGAAAUUCAUUAGUGACAUCGCUGUUUAUGACAUUGGUACUUCGGAUAGAACAAAAUAUGGUUUCAACCAGAGUGUACUGGAAAUGGGUCAGAUGGACAAGUUGGUCCCAGCCCACGAGCAUUUCACGUUGCUGUUGCAAUUGAUUGUCAUAUGUUCAUCUUUGGUGGGCGUUCUGGUAGCAGAAGAUAUAUGGCAAUGGUCAGAGUUAACAAGUUUUGGUGACUUGCCUUCACCACGGGAUUUCUCUGCUGCUUCAGCUAUUGGAAAUCAGAAAAUUGUUAUGUAUGGUGGUUGGGAUGGUAAAAAGUGGUUGUCAGAUGUAUAUGUCUUGGACACAAUAUCACUAGAGUGGAUGGAGCUGUCAGUUACUGGAUCACUACCACCACCUCGAUGUGGCCACACAGCUACUAUGGUUGAGAAGCGGUUGCUCGUCUACGGUGGUAGAGGUGGUGGUGGGCCAAUCAUGAGUGACUUAUGGGCUUUGAAGGGUCUUAUUGAAGAAGAGAAUGAAACACCUGGAUGGACCCAAUUGAAGCUUCCAGGUCAAGCACCUUCUCCCCGUUGUGGGCAUACUGUCACAUCUGGAGGGCACUACGUAAUGUCAUUUCUAAACCCCUCACUGAUCUAGUUGUAUAUCUUAACACUGCAAAAUUAAAAAUGCUGAAGAUGCAAACUAGCUUCCUCAUAAGAUUUAUUUGUGGUGUUGCCUAACUGUUGGAUUAUGUCUUUAUGCAGGAAAAACAUUGUUAAUUUUAUACCCCUCUGUUAAUCUUAUAUGGUUAAACAUAUGAGAAAUUUUUUCUGUAAUUUAUGACAAAGUAUGUGAAUAAAUAUUACUGCUUUUGCAGUUUAUUAUUGCAUGAUGAGCAUCAACAGCAUAUAUCUAUGUUAACAUUUAUCUCAGGCAUCAUCAUUUAAAUUAUUCCUUAAUUUUGACCUAGGGAAAUCUUUUUGAAAGGUAGCUGGAUCUUUACUUUAUAACUGGUUAGAUGAUAUCCUAGGGUGAAGCUGGGAUUCUUGUCUAGAGGGGGUCAGAACAAAACUAAGAUGUCAGAGUGAAAAUAAUAGAUUGAACUCUUUGAUGAAAAUAUAAAUAAUGAAUAUUAGAUUCAAAUGAAAUAGUAUGUAAUUGCAUAAAAAGUAUAAAUUUAUUUUAUUAAGUAGACAAUAAACAAAUUUCAAACAGCAUAAUCCAUAUUGGUACAUAUAAGAUUGAAUAAACAGUAAAUCUUGCUAAUAAUUCUUCUUGAAAAUAGAACAGAAGUUAAACUUUGAAAAGAUUAAAUGGAUGAUAGAAAACAAAAAACGAAAUUAGGAGUAAAAUUAUAUGCACAGUUGAUUUUGUGUGCAAAAUAUAGCAGCUAAAUUUCUUUAAUUACAAUAGAAACACAUUGCUAGUCUCAAUAAUUAAUGUGAAAAUGCUUGUUUAAUUGAUUGAAAGGUUAAUUUUAAUAUAAGGUUAAAAUCAACUUUAAUAAGUAACAUUAAAAAGAGUCAAAAAAAUGAUAGAUAACUUGGCCUAGAACUAAAAGUUUUAGUAUAUUAUAAAUUUUACCAUAUUAAUUUCAAAGUUUUGUGGAUGGAGGCCAAGU